ACGAUGCAUAUUUUUCCACGUGUCCUAGUCAAGCAUGCUUUUUAUUAUUUAAGAAGAGUAUAGCACAAUGGCACUUAUGCCUUGGCGUUGCAAUGAAGACUAAGAUUCUGUCAAUCAAUGCGACCAAUCAAACGUGACAGCGUCGUUUAAUGAAGUUUCAGUACUGUUAUUAGAAUAUUGUUCUUUUUUAUUGCUGACAGACUGACAAAUUCCAAAUGUGUGUCACGCUGACAUCAGCAAUUAAUAUGAUUUACAAAAUGCAAGAACGAAGUCAGUCAGUAUUUCGUUGUCCUUAGGUGAUCGAGGUUGCGGUAUAAAAUUUUAAUAAAAAUGGAAAAGAAAGUUUUAAUUACUUCAUUUAUUUUAAUCAUCAUAUCAGUUGUAUUCGCAAGUGAAAGAAGUCUAAAUAGAUCAGACUUUAAUUGCAGUGGUCGUGCUUACCAUAAUGUGACCAUGGCUGCUUAUUACCCUGAUUUUAAUAGUGACAAUGAGUCUGAUUACUUGGAUGCUAGAAUGAAGAAAUUGAGGACUUUGCAGGAUUUUCUUGAUGGACGAAACGCCUUUGUGACAGUUUCAAUGGACCUGGAUUCAGGAAUACCAUAUGGAACGAAAGUGUGCAUACCUGAAUUGAACGCGAAAUUUCAACGUCAAAUUCCACUUCAGGUCAGGGACAGGAGUCACUACGACGAUGUUAAAUCCAAGUUACCAGACUUCUCCCAUGUAGACAUUUGUGUCAGAACCGAAGAAGACACUUAUGAUAAUUCCGUGAACGGCAUUGUGACGCUUUAUGUGUGAUUGUAAAAUAAUUACAGAAAAUUUUCAGAAGAAAAAUAAUACACAAUAUUGCAAUAGGAAU